GAAUACCUCAGCACCCCUUGGAAAGCGUGGAAACAUGGAUCAAAAUCAUAGCAAAUGUCUGCCCAGGGGCAUGGACGAGAUAACUUCUUGUGGGAACGCUACCACUCCUAUCCCUCAGCCUUAGGAUAGAGGAGGUUUGAUCUGUGAUUUCAUUGUUACUUGGGUAAGGAUCCCCCCUCCUUCAUCUCUGAUGCAGGUCUUUAGCAUCUUCAAGCCCUAGAAAAAUGUCUAGAGAGCAGAGAGAAGUGACUUGAACCCAGGUCUUCCUGGACUAUCCAUUAUACCAUGAUGUCUCUUAGUAUGAGAAUCCUAUACAGAAAAGCCCAUUGUCUAAGGACAAUUUGAUUGGAAGAGACCUGGCAAAUAUUUCAAGGUGUGGGGCUGUAAGCAUUUUUGAGGAUAGUAGAAAGAGAACUCAUCUGGAGUCUAGCUCUGGUUCUGCCAUCUGUUUGUCACAUGAGUCCCUUUCCCUCUCUUUCAUCAUUUUUAAAAAUGAGGUGGCUGGACUAGAAGCUAUGAGUAGAAGUUGCCGGGAGGCAAUUGGGGCUGUGCAAAUGUGGAAGGGUUUGCCUCAGGAGACACUGGAAGUCUUCAGAUAGAAGUCUUGAAGGCAUAUGUGGAAGAGGAAAUCCUUGUUUUUCCUGACCCUAGAUGGUAGAACCAGGAGCUCUGGGUGCAAAAAGGCAGAUUUGGGCAUCAGGGACAACCGUGCCUAGAAGCAUCAGCAUGACUUGUGGAUCUUACUGUGGAGGCUCUGUGAGAGCUUUCAGCUGUGCCUCAGCCUGUGGGCCCCGACCUGGCCGCUGCUGCAUCAGCGCUGCUCCCUACCGAGGAGUGUCCUGCUACAGGGGACUGACUGGCUUUGGCAGCCGCAGCUACUGUGGAGGCUACAGGGCUGGCUCCUGCGGCCGGAUUGGCUACCGCUCUGGCGGAGUGUGCGGACCCAGCCCCCCCUGCAUCACCACCGUGUCUGUCAACGAGAGCCUCCUGACCCCCCUCAACCUGGAGAUUGACCCCAAUGCUCAGUGCGUGAAGCAUGAGGAGAAGGAACAGAUCAAGUGUCUCAACAGCAAAUUUGCCGCCUUCAUUGACAAGGUCCGCUUCCUGGAGCAGCAGAACAAGCUUCUGGAGACCAAGUGGCAAUUCUACCAGAACCGGAAAUGCUGCGAGAGCAACUUGGAGCCCCUGUUCCAGGGCUACAUUGAGACCCUGAAGCGGGAGCUGGAGUGUGUGGAGGCUGACAGUGGUCGCCUGGCUUCUGAGCUCAACCACGUGCAGGAAGUGCUGGAGGGCUACAAGAAGAAGUAUGAGGAGGAGGUCUCCCUGAGAGCCACAGCUGAGAAUGAAUUCGUUGCUUUGAAGAAGGAUGUGGACUGCGCCUACUUGAGGAAAUCUGACCUGGAGGCCAAUGCCGAGGCUCUGACAGAGGAGAUCAACUUCCUGAGGGCCUUGUAUGAGGAGGAGAUCCGCAUUCUUCAGGCCCACAUCUCAGACACCUCUGUGGUGGUAAAGAUGGACAACAGCAGAGACCUCAACAUGGACUGUGUCAUUGCCGAGAUCAAGUCUCAGUAUGAUGACAUCGCCAGCCGUAGCCGGGCUGAGGCUGAAUCUUGGUACCGCAGCAAGUGUGAAGAGAUGAAGGCCACAGUGAUCCGUCACGGGGAGAGUCUGCGCAGGACCAAGGAGGAGAUCAAUGAGCUGAACCGCAUGAUCCAGAGGCUGACCGCCGAGGUGGAGAAUGCCAAGUGCCAGAACUCCAAGCUGGAGGCUGCUGUGACCCAGUCUGAACAACAGGGUGAGGCUGCCCUCAAUGAUGCCCGCUGCAAGCUGGCAGGCCUGGAGGAGGCUCUGCAGAAAGCCAAGCAGGACAUGGCUUGUCUGCUGAAGGAGUACCAGGAGGUCAUGAACUCCAAGCUGGGUCUGGACAUUGAGAUUGCCACCUACAAACGGCUGUUGGAGGGCGAGGAGCAAAGGUUGUGUGAGGGUGUUGGUGCCGUGAAUGUCUGUGUCAGCAGCAGCCGAGGUGGCGUCGUCUGUGGCGAUCUCUGCACCGGCACCUCUGGUGCCCGUGUUGUCAGCACCGGCAGCAGCGGCCCCUCUGGCGGCAGCGUGGUGGUCAGCGCCCCUAAUGCCUGUGCCCCCUGUGGGGGUGGCUCAGGCUAUGGGGUCGGCUCAGGCUACAGUGUCCGCUCUUGCGGCGCCAGCUCUUGUGGAGCCAAGAGGUGUUAGGAGGUCAGGAGGAAACAGAACUAAACUUCACCCCAGAAAUGUCACUGGAAUCUGACCACAUCUCUCUACUGCUCUUGGACAGCAAUGCAUUCCUCAGCCCCAUCCUCUCUCCACCAGCCCAGCCACAGUUCCAACAAUAGAGCAGGAGAACUUGCACAUUUUAUGCCUCCACGUGAAAUUUCUCAGGGAUUUCCAUCUUCUUCUUCUACUCCCUGAUGGCCUUAUUUAACCCAGACCUCAGUAGCUGUUGGAUGGCCUGAUCAUAAUACCCAAUCGGAUCUAUUUCUCGGAUGGGUGGAUGGCUCCUUUUCCGAAUCUGUUGCUCAUUCCAGGCAGUUAUUUCCUAGUAGUUAUCUCACUGUACUAUGGGUUCACAUUCUUCUUUUCCAACUGUCUGUCUGUCUUCUGCUGGAUUAUUUGGCUCUGGCGGGUCUAUUACUAUACCAACACCAAGGUCUAUGGAGGGUGGAGGAGAAACCCCCAUGUGGAAGCAGGGGGUUUCCUAGUAGCUUUAGGUGAUGAUCCUUGGUUGUCACCCUGUCUAGGAUGUUAUUGUGGCUGCUGCCUCUGGAAUGGAAAGAUGAGAAACAUUGCUGUAUUUUUGUUUUCAGUUGACUCUAUGGUAUUCGUACCCCAUCUAAUUUCCUUCCCUUGUCUGUACCCAAAAGUUCCCCGGAAGCCAAUAAUUCAAUUUCUUGUAUGUUUGUCUUUGUUUCAUUCUGUAUCUCCAAUAAACUCAA